UAUGAACAUCAACCAAAAGAUAGAAGGCCAAUUAAAGGAUAUCAUUACAUUAAAGGAACAAUGUGCUUUAGUUCGUUUAGAUACUGGAAAGGAAGUUAUUGCUUAUAUUCCUGGGGAGGGGCAUAAUUUGCAAGAACAUAGCCAGGUCCAUGUUCGAGGUGGGAGAAAAAGAGAUUUAAUUGGAGUUAAAUGUUGUAUUGUUAGAGGAGCUUUAGAUUGUGCACCUGUUAGGAAAAAGAAAACAGCUUAA